AUGGAUCAUCAUCAAGGCCUUCACGGCCAUCAUCAUCAUCAUCAUCUUCUGCAUCAUCAGUACUCUGCAGUUGGGCCGAACAUCGACCAGGUGAUUGGGCCGGCCGAUAACAGGCUGCCCCAAUGGAGCUUACAAGAAACCCAGGAUUUCUUGGUUAUCCGGGCCGAGCUGGACCAGGCUUUCAUGGAAACCAAACGGAAUAAGCUUCUUUGGGAGGUGAUAUCGGCCCGGAUGAAGGAGAAGGGACAUAAUAGAAGCGCUGAGCAGUGCAAGUGCAAAUGGAAAAAUCUCGUCACGCGAUACAAGGGAUGUGAAACAAUGGAGGUAGAAGGAUUGAGGCAACAAUUCCCAUUCUACAACGAGCUCCAAACCAUCUUCGCCGCUCGUAUGCAGCGCAUGCUCUGGCACGAGGCCGAAACUGGUGGUGGCGCUGGCGGCAGUAGCUCCCGACAGAGGUUAACUGUUGCCAGUGCCGCUUCCCAAUUCUCCUCCGACGAGGAGGAGCCGCCGUACAACGAGGAUGUCCCUAGCGAGGGUGAUAAGGCAGGUGGGUCGGGUGGCCCGGUUAGAAAUAAGAAGCGCAAGGCGAAAGCCUCGACUUCUAGUGCAGGUAAUAACGGAAAUACCCCUGUUCAGAACAACAACAACAACAGUUCUGCUGCUGUUCUGAACGGGAUACGAGAGAUGAUGGAGGAGUACAUGAGGCAACAAAUGCUGAUGGAGGCUCGGUGGAUCGAGGCGUACGAGAGGCACGAGGUGGAAAGGCGGGCCAAGGAGGCGGAGUGGCGGGAGACGAUGCAGGCGCUCGAAAACGAGCGGCUGGUGAUGGAGAGUCGGUGGAGGGAAAGGGAGGCGGAAAGGAGGGAGAGGGAGGAGCAAAGGUCGCAGAAGAGGGACGCGCUUAUCAAUGCGCUUUUGAACAAGCUUAGGAGGGAAGAAGGCAACAACAUGUGA